AUGGGUGAGACGUUCCGUGUCAUCCACUCCAUUCUCGGCCACUGCCCGGAACCUCUCCAUUAUUCCUUUCGAAUCCCAGAAGACGCACCAUACGGGCCCGCCCUGCUGGUAUGGACCUGGUUCAACAAGAUUGGAAACCGGGAAAUGUACAUGAAUUGCGCGCAAGUGACAAUUCAGUCUCCUAAAACAGAUGUCGGGACGCUGCAGGGAGAGACGCAGCAGGCGUCAUGGCUGGAGCGGCCCCCCAUCUUCCUCGCCAAUAUCAACGGCGAGGGGCAGUGUGUCACAAUCGAAGGCGAGGAAGUGAGUUUCCCGAUGCCGGGUGAUAGUGUCGAAGGCACCGUUGCUGGUGGAACUGGGUAUACAUGCAGCAGCUCAGCUGCCUUUCUAAGCAAGGUUGCCAGCUCGCCUUCUUCGAUCGCGUCUUCUAUCCCCCUGCCAGCCCUAACUACGCCUAGGCCUGGGAUCAUACCACCAGGAGAAAACACAUUGAGCACGCAAUCGGCACCCUACACGGUCACCAAGAAGGACUCUAGUUCAUCCACGAUUCCUGCUGAUUCUACGGGGUUAAGAUACUCGACAGGAACUGGCACUAAGCCCGAUAUAACUGGGCAUGUCUGCACACCUGGAGUAAUGCAAUGUUCUAGUGAUGGUCAUUCAUUCUUCUUGUGUGAUUCGGGAAGGCUUGUGCCAAUGGGAGCUGUUGCUGCGGGCACAAUCUGCAGGAAUGGGGCCAUUUUUCCUGCAGGCUGA